AUGCACCACGCCUACAUCACCCCCUCCCAAACCCACCACGGCCACGGCCCGGCCACCCCCAAGUCCCCCUCCGCGGCGGCGGCGGCUGCGACGACGGCAUCAUCAGCGUUCACGGUGAUCUGCGUGCUCCACUCCCUGAUCGCGCUCUUCUGCGGCUCCCUCAUGAUGUUCCACGCCCGGGCCAUCUACUCCCUCGGCCACGGCACCAACGCCACCGAGCGCCUCCUCAGGUCCACCCCGCAGGACCGCCUGCUGAUCUGGACCUCCGACUCCUUCACCAGCCUGCUGCUCCUCGCCAUCGGCGUCCUCCUCCUCAUGGUGUCCAACAUCAAGGACCGGGAGUUCCAGGACUUCUUCGCUAAGGGCUGCAUGGUGCUGCACGUGUUCGUGGCGGUGUGGAGGGUGUCGUUCGAGUGA